AGCCCUCCACUGGCUGCAGAAACUUCUCCGGACACCACCUGAGGUUUUCAGCUCAAGAUGGGAAAGGUACAGGGCCAAGGUAACAUCUUUGUGGUCAGUCUGUCUGUAGCAGACCUGCUAGUAGCGGUGUACCCUUAUCCUCUCAUCCUGAGUGCCAUUUUCCAUAAUGGCUGGACACUGGGAAACGUUCACUGCCAAAUCAGUGGGUUCCUCAUGGGCUUAAGUGUCAUUGGGUCCAUUUUUAACAUCACGGUCAUAGCAAUCAACAGAUACUGCUACAUCUGCCACAGCCUCUGGUAUGAUAAACUCUUCAACCUGAAGAACACCUGCUGCUAUCUUUGCCUGACCUGGAUACUGACAGUGGUGGCAAUUGUGCCAAACUUUUUUGUUGGAUCCCUGCGAUAUGAUCCCCGGAUUUAUUCCUGCACCUUUGCCCAGACUGUAAGUACAUCGUACACCAUAACAGUGGUAGUUGUUCAUUUUAUAGUCCCCCUGUCUAUAGUGUCAUUCUGUUACCUACGGAUUUGGAUUUUGGUGAUUCAAGUCAAGCAUCGGGUAAGACAAGACUCCAGGCAGAAGCUAAGAGCAGCUGAUGUUCGGAAUUUUUUGACCAUGUUUGUGGUUUUUGUCCUCUUUGCAGUGUGCUGGGGGCCGUUAAACUUCAUUGGUCUUGCUGUCUCCAUUAAUCCUUCGGAAGUAGUGCCAAAAAUUCCAGAAUGGCUUUUUGUCCUGAGUUACUUCAUGGCCUAUUUUAACAGCUGUCUCAAUGCUAUGAUAUACGGGCUUCUCAAUCAGAAUUUCCGAAAGGAGUACAAAAGAAUACUACUGACUCUGUGGACUCCGAGGUUGUUGUUCAUCGACGUGUCGAAAGGUGCGACGGAGGGACUGAAAAGCAAGCCCUCCCCAGCUGUAACAAACAACAACAACCAAGCUGAAAUACACUUAUGAAUCAGAGCAAUGCUAUGUAUUCUGGGGCACAGUUGUGUAUAUACUAUAGUAUGCAAAAGCUUUUCUACCUGCACAUUUAAAAGUUGAUAUCACGGGGCCCAAUACCGCCAGCAUUUACUCAUCUAAGAACUGGGUCUGUUUCUACACAUGGUGUCUGAGUGCCUUACUCACAGAAGUAAGGCUUUGAGUAAGGAUUUGCAGGAUGGAACCCGCUGACUUUAUUUUUCCUAUGCCAUUUUUCACCAGGUGCCUAGGUGACUUUGAUGCACUUGCCACACAGGUACUAAUGAUCUGUUGGAAGCAAAGCAUUCAAAGCACCUGUAGAUGCAGUUGUAGUUGAAACUAUAAGACCGGGCAAAAUAGCCCUCUUUUUUUGAAAUUUUUUUUCUAAUUCCAUCCUUUUUUUAGCAUUAAGUAACACUGAACCAAACAUACAAGAUCUGAGCUAUAAACUGCAUGACUAACUUUGUACCUUUUUAGGUUAGUAGGAUUAGUCAGUGGCCACAUAAUAUGGGCAUGAUGGCUUCCACUGUCUCUUUAGGGUUUAGUAACUAGCUAGUACGAGAUGCAAGGCAAGGCAAAAACACUCUUUUUGAUUGAAUCUAUACAGAUGUUGAGUACACUUGCACUUUCUUUUCCAGGCUGUGAAUAAGAAUGCAACAAGCGACCUGAUCUAAUUGCAGAAAGAGGUUCCGAGCCUAAUUCAAAUUUUAGACAAUAUUCAGUAAUGGCCUGCAUUCAUUCCAAACAUCUCUCAGAUGUCCUGUCAUGUGAAUGUAACAAAGUGUAGCAGAAUCCCAUCCUUUUAAUUCAGAUGCCGACUUUUAGGAAAUAAAUAGAAAGGAGAGUUCAGUGAAAAUAAUAUUUGCACUUGCAGACAAAGGCAGAAAGAAAAGGGAACGUUCAUCCCAAACGUGUCUCAUCCCGUGUGCAGCAUUACACGAAUGCAAGUGAAAAGGCAAGUGGAGAGUUUUUCUUUGUUUUACUCUUGCCCAGAGUUACAAUACGUAAAUGGGGAACCUAUGUAAAAAUAUUUACACGCCCCGAAAAAGAGUGUGAACAUUCUCAGUUAAAGCCUGAGCUCUGCCCCUUUGUGGUUGCUGUCAAUGCGCUACAGUAUCGUGUAGGUCCGUGUUACAGGCAAACUAUAUGCACAGUGGGCAGAGUUAAGGCUUCUUUAAUUGGUGCAGGGCUUUGUCUGUAAAUGUGAAUUUUUUUUUUUUACCCUUAGACCAAAUUGAGUUCCUUCUUGGGAGGGCUUUUAAAAAACUGGUAGCAGAACAAAAAGUGAACUACUCCUGCUCUCAAGCGAUCCCAUUAAAUCACUGGGCAAAACUCUGCUGUCAGUUAUAGGGUGAGCUUCAGUUCAAGCCAGUAGAAUUAGGCUGACUUUACGUGGGUGUAAUAGGGACACCGAGCCUGCUCCUGUUGAAGUCAAUGGGAGCUACGCUGUUGAUAUUGAUGGGGGAAGGAUCUGUCCCUUGUGGCAGAGUUUAGCCCAAUGGGACUAGUCACAUAAAUAAAGACAGAAGGAUGUGACCCUGUCUCUUGUCAAAGAAAGGACCCAAUUCUGCAUUAGUGAAAUCUGUAUUUUUUGCCAUUGAUGUCAGUGGGAGCAGAAUUUGGCCCACAGGGCUGAUCCUCUGAGGCACAAAGGCUGAGAUUUUUUCAAAGGUAUUUAGACACCUGAUGGAGACGGGUGCCUAGUGGGAUUUUCAAAAGCGCUUAAGCAGGUUAAACACCUAAUUCUCGAUGUUAAUGGGAGUAUGGAGCUUAACCUGCUUAUGCCCUUCUGAAAAUCCCACUAGCUGCCCAUCUGCAUCUGUAAAUGCGUCUGUAUAUCUGGCCCUGAAUGCUUUCUGAGAGUUGUUGAACGUUGCUCCCACUGAAUUCUGUGGGAGGGAGGAGCUGGGAGAAGUCCGUUGAAAGACUAAGCCCAAAAAAUGUACAUGGCACAUCUCCUAAUAAGCAAUAAGUAAAAAUGUGGCAUGGUUUAUUGCAAUACAAAUUGUGUUUACAGGGGGAUAUGACAAUUUGUUACUGCACAUUUUCAGACUCAAACGUCUCAGCCACUUCACAUGAUAAUUGUGUUUUAAAUGCUUGAUGCAAUUAUCUCAUAAUAGGAGCUAAAUUGAGUCAUGUUUUUAAAAAUUGGCCUUUGGUUCUGCAGAGUAUGGCCAAAUAAGGGUAUCUGAUGUGGGAAUUGGUCCUUUUUGCUUCAGACAAUACCCACAUGAAUGGAUUUACAUUGUUCUGUGCAAACAAAAAACACUGAGUCAAACUUGGAUGCAAAAAGCACCAAGGAAUUUGUAACUGCAGGGUAUAUUGUUCAAGUUGUACUCGUACAGCAAGUUCUGCUGCACUGUGAUUAUAGUUUCAACUGGUUUGCAAUUAGUUGUUCGUUUAGAAUCACAUUUGCAAAUAAUAUCUUUAAAAAGGAGCAUAUGUGGUUUACUAAGACAAUCAUAUGGAAUCCUUUAAAAUUUGCCAAAUGUCUCUCAUUCUCCCUGCCCCACUACUGAGAUUUGAUUUCCUGGAUUCUUUAUCUUUUUAAUGGACUGUUCAGUGAAGGUCAUGUGUUUCUUUUUUCUGAAGCUUGCAUUUUGCACUAUGUCUUAUUUGACACGCAUCAGAAGUAACAGCCAGUCAGAGUCAGAAUAGAACUUUGUAACACCAAAGACAUCCCAAGCAGCCAAAUCUUGGGAGUAUCUGAUCUUGUCCUGUAGCAACAGGACUGUGUUAUGGAGCCCGAACUGCCUCUGUGGAACAGCACUUCAGGCCUGUGCUGCAGGAAUUAGAGGUGGCAUACUCAUAUGCAUGGAGGACAGUCACUGCUGCCGUGAACUGGACAAUGUGACAGUGCAAUAUUCUUGGUGCAGCCCUUGCGCACUCUCCGCUCUCAGAAAGGUCAGUGAGAGCUGCAGGUACUCAGGGCCAUAUGGGGACGUGGUAGGUAUCUACUGCACUGCAAAAGCAGGUCCUUUAAUCGCCUGGGUAGCACCUUACGAACACAGGGCCUGAUCCUGCCCCGUAAGAGUGAGAUUGGGUUCCUUAAAGGAGCUUAGUGUAUCCUACAGAAUGUAAACGUUGCUAUAGUACAAUCAUUUCAGAAGCACUUUGUGUGUCUCAGUAUAAGUCAAGGCUGCCUGUAAAUGACCACGGUGAGGUAGCAGCCAUGGUUGGGACCUUGAGCCAAGCUGCAUUGAAGUUGAUGUCUGCAACAUAAAGCAAGUUUAAAAAUGGAGAGUUCAGCUCUGAGGGGAGAACCUGGUGCCAUGAUGCCGAGGCUGCUUGGAAGUAUAGAUUGACUCUUAUAUUAAAUUUUUUAAAGAGUGCCCCAAGAAGGAGUUCCUUGUUUGAGUUUCUGGUUGUGGCAGCCUAGAAGAGAUUGCUCACUGAGUACCAGGAGCUUAUUUGUUAACAUUUGUUUACAGGAAAAAAGGGAAACGGAUCUUAAACUGGGGAUCCUGAGGAAAAGUCUGUUUCCCUAUUGGAAUCCCAAGAGGGGUUUUGAGAGUGAGCCCACAGCUUAAAAGGAGCUAUGCCAGCGGUCGAUUUGGCCUUGACCUUUGGAAUUUGAAGGUCAUAUUGGGAUCUCCUUUACACCAGUAAUGAACCAUUUACUCUGGAUUAACCCUGGUGUCUCUGAAUACUGAAUUUGGGCCAUAAUUUUAAAAUCGCCAUAGUAGCCAUGAGUGAGAGAAUUUAUUGCCAUGAAGGGAAAUGAAUCUCUUGCCAUUUGAUGAUGCCAAUAAAUGUUAUUUAAUCUGUUUAAUAAGAAUGUAGUUGAGGUAUUUGCAUACAAAUCUAUACGGUGUUUCCAUUUCACCAUUUGGCUGUUCAUUAAGAAAACUAUUUAUUCCCUUUAUCUAUCAAAACUGUAAUAUAGCAUUGGAUUGUAUUUCUUUCUUUUUUAGCAAAUACGUUUUUUUGAAAUAAA